AUGGAGUUUCGCCACAAGAUGAAGCCUCUUGCAGAUCAACUCCUGCAUUAUCUCCUGAAAUCACUCAACAUCCCUGGAGAACUCGUACAAAUCUGGGCAGAAUCGACUGAUAAGGUUUCUGGGACGAUACAACUCAAUUCCUAUCCCCCCUGCCCCGACCCGAGGCACGUCUUAGGCCUGGCGCCUCACACCGACACACUGCUGCUCACACUCCUCAACCAGUGUCAAAUCUCCGGCCUCCAAUAUUUCCGCGACGACAUUGGCUGGAUCUCCGUGCCUCCAGUCCCGGGCGCAUUUGUGGUCAAUGUGGGGGAUACAUUGGAAAUUCUGUCUAAUGGGAAAUUUCCAAGCGCUUAUCAUCGCGUGACAGUGAACGAAAACAAGCACAGGAUAUCGUAUGCUUAUUUCCAUGGUCCUAGCAUGGACUCCCCUGCUGAGCCCUUGGACAAAGCUGAGAAGCCACUGUAUCGUUCUAUGACAGUUAGAGAGUAUUGUGCCAUCAAGGCCAAGCAUAAUGAAGAAGCUUUAGGCUUGGUUAAAUUGUAA